GUUAUUCGGAGUUGCAAGUCGUAGCAUAACCUGCGCUGUUUGCAACAUUCCAAUCGGCCCACAGGAGUUGAUCAUCCGCUCACAGUCGUCCGUGUUCCAUUACGUAUGCUUCAACUGUCGCCAGUGCAAUCGGGCCCUUCAGCCUGGUGAUCGAUACGCAUUGAUCGACGGUCAGCCGGUCUGUCACGCGGACUUGCUGAACGUGAUGGAACAACGAGACGGGUUAUUCGGAGUUGCAAGUCGUAGCAUAACCUGCGCUGUUUGCAACAUUCCAAUCGGCCCACAGGAGUUGAUCAUCCGCUCACAGUCGUCCGUGUUCCAUUACGUAUGCUUCAACUGUCGCCAGUGCAAUCGGGCCCUUCAGCCUGGUGAUCGAUACGCAUUGAUCGACGGUCAGCCGGUCUGUCACGCGGAUUUGCUGAACGUGAUGGAACAACGAGAAAAUAUUUCACUUCCUGGGUUUGAACAGCGCAUGAAUUCAGGUACAGAUUAUCAGGCGAAAAGAGGCCUGUCUGAAAAGUGCUCAAUUCCCCCCGGAUUUUCCAGCAGUCCAAUGGCUGAGGGUGAGAGCCCACCCGUAGAUUUGUCACAUGCAGCAACACUUUCGAAUAUUGACAGACUCCCGAAUCGCAUUGCACUUGUUACUGAUAGCCCCGAAACCCGGAAUUAUCCAACUUCCUCGACUACAAGUCCUACAAGACUGCAGUCCCCAUGUAUAUAUGAUCCGCCAGAUACCACUCCAGUCUUAAUUUGUGACCAAAAAAGUUGUCAUGAGAAUCGGCCGGACACUGAGCGCGGAAUUAUUUCCCACACACCAGUUUCACUAUCGACACCGUUAAUCUACGGACGCUUCGGUAGUGAUGACCCACACCUGGGCUAUCUGGCCUCACUAGUUCCCUUCCAAACUCCACCACCGCCAUCCUUACACACAGGCCCAUGUCCACUCAUACAUGUUCCACCUGCAUCCUCUCCAACCCAACCACUGAUAAAGAUUUGCCACCCCCCAAACACCGACCUUGGCACUUCUAGUCCAACUGGGCUUUUGAUCCCAUCUCGGGGACCUCCCUACAACUUAUCUUUUAACUUCCAAUCCUUCCUAUCCUCACCUCCAAAUUCGGAGCUAUUCAAAAUGAUUGAUUCCGGAGAUCCGUUCAACUACGCGAACGCGUCCAACGCCUCAUCCCUACUCCUUCAUCAGGUUCAAGGGAAACGCAGUCGAAAGAGAAGAGCUGGUCUGCACCAGACGUUUGAUAAUGUGUGCCUGAACAACCCACCUGGCUAUUGUAUCGGCAUGUCUACGCGUCAGAAACGCAUGCGGACAUCAUUCAAACACCACCAGCUCCGAGCGAUGAAGGCCUAUUUCAACAUGAACCACAAUCCAGAUGUGAAGGACCUCAAAGUGUUGACAGAGAAAACAGGUCUCUCCAAACGUGUAUUGCAGGUGUGGUUUCAGAAUGCACGAGCCAAAUAUCGUCGAAGUCUCCUUUUACGACCCGAUGCAGUCCCCUCAGGCACCACACAAGCUCAAUCAAACGGGCUCACUCCCUCUGCAGGCAGCCUAUCGGAAUCAAGUAACCCCACAGCACUACACCCAUCCAUGUCGGACUGCGAGAGUAAGUCCUCUCACCUUGAUCCAGUGGGAACAGAAAGUCCAAGUUCCUCGACCGAACGUAACCUGUACAAACUUGAAGAUGGCCUUUCGGAUGAUAUCGAUCCAACCAAGGUACACAGUCUACGUGAACUAAGUCUCCUGGAACGUAUGAAGACCGAACAGCCGGGUGUCUAUGGGCUGUCCUCUUGUUUCCAUUCAACUAGUCCACCAUGUUCGCGGCCAAACUCGGUCAAAGCUUUUGGCCUAAGUUUUGUAAAUCUAACCGCUUCCAAUGAUGGGCACUUUUCUCCCAUGGGUUGUAAAGGAUUGGUUGACUUCUGUUCCCUCAACGGACUUCAUUCAUA